AUGGCACAAUUACCAGUUUUUUCUGCAAAAACUAGAGAAAGGCCCUCUAUAGAGUCUGAGGAGGAUGGGUCUAAUUCUGCCUUUUCAGUGGAUGAGGAGACUGACAGUGACUCGUCGAGCGAUUCUGAGGAGAGUAUGGAUGUUUCAGAUUAUGAAACUGAUAAGAAGAGGAAACACAUUAAAACAAGACCUUAUUCCUUCAAAGGAAAAAAACCUAAAGGCAAAAUCCGGAUUAGCCUUUCCUCAAAGGAGGAGGUCUCUAAAGACUCAGAGAAGGAGAAUCCUCAAGGUUCGCUGAAAAAGAAAUCCAAAGUACACACCCAGACCAGAAAUAAGAAAAAGAGGAAGGAGGAGAAUGUCAAGGAGAUGGAGGUUUGUAAGCAGGAAAGGACCUUAGAAGCUGAACAGAACCCGAAGAAGGUCACCAUGGGUGAGGCUCUUAGGGUUGAAGACAUAACUACUAUUCGGGACACCCCUAAAAAGGAACAGGAAACCCCUAGUAAGGUUGAUCCUCCCCAUAUCCCUCCUCCAGAGGAGAAAGAUAUGUUGGAAAGGAAAAACCUUGCUGACGCUAAUGAGCAAACUGUCACGGACACUGGUAGCAAAGUCAGUAAAAUUGAGGAGUGCCUGAAGAGUAUUGUUGAACAGAGCUUAAGUAUCCUGAAGAUCUCUACUAACAAUACAAACACCCUCAUCAGUAAACUGGACGAAGAGAAGGAGAUACUGGAUAUUGAACCAGACACUGAAGGCCUUGGUCGCUUAGACUCCGACAUCUACAGGGAAACAAAAGAAGAAGAAGCAGAAGAACAAAGGUACAUAAUCUAA